CUCCUCCUCCUCCUCAUCCUUCUCCUCCCCCGGCUGCCGCUGCUCCAGCAGCCCCUGUCAUUCCUGCGCUGGAGAGCCCGGCGGUUCGGCCGCGGCGGCUCAGCGCGGAGGGGGAAGGGGGCAGCCAGUGGGGCAGCGAGGGAGCCAACAGGUAGAGCCGGGGCGCUCUGCACCCCGCGCCCCCCGGUGCAGUCGGGCAUCAUGCUGCUCUUUGUCACUUCUCUCCUCCCCAGGCCAAAAUCCUGAGCAUGAUGGAAGACAAUAAGCAGCUGGCUCUCCGGAUCGAUGGGGCGAUCCAGUCCGCCAGCCAGGAGGUGACUAACCUGCGAGCCGAGCUGACAGCCACCAACCGGAGACUGGCCGAGCUCAGCGGCGGCGGCGGCGGCGGCGGCAGCAGUGGUGGAGGCGGCGGCGGCGGCGGCGGCGGCGGCAGCUGCGACUCCUCGAUCAUGGAGAACAACCAUCACAACGCGCAAGCGCUACUACGAGAAGAGGUAUCUCAGCUGCAAGACGAGGUUCAUAUCCUCCGGCAGAUGAAGGAAAUGCUCACAAAGGACCUGGAGGAGUCUCAUGGAAGCAAGUCCACGGAGAUUCUCUCGGCCACCGAGCUCAAAGUCCAGCUGGCCCAGAAGGAGCAGGAGUUAGCCAGAGCCAAAGAAGCCCUCCUGGCCAUGAAGGCCGAUAGAAAGCGUUUGAAGGCUGAAAAGACAGACCUCGUGAGCCAAAUGCAACAGCUCUAUGCCACCCUGGAGAGCCGAGAGGAGCAGCUUCGGGAUUUCAUCCGGAACUAUGAGCAGCACAGAAAAGAGAGUGAAGAUGCGGUCAAAGCCCUGGCAAAGGAGAAGGACCUUUUGGAAAGGGAGAAGUGGGAGCUGCGCCGGCAAGCCAAAGAAGCUACGGACCACGCUACAUCCUUGCGGUCCCAGCUGGACCUGAAGGACAACAGAAUGAAGGAGCUUGAAGCCGAGCUGGCUAUGGCAAAGCAGUCCUUAGCCACCCUGACCAAGGACGUCCCCAAGAGGCACUCCCUCGCCAUGCCGGGCGAGACAGUUCUCAACGGCAAUCAGGAGUGGGUGAUGCAGGCGGACCUCCCGCUCACUGCGGCCAUCCGGCAGAGCCAGCAGACGCUCUACCACUCACAUCCCCCCCACCCCACCGACCGGCAAGCUGUCAGGGUGAGCCCCUGUCAUUCUCGGCAGCCUUCCAUCAUCUCUGAUGCAUCUGCAGCUGAAGGAGACCGGUCAUCAACUCCAAGUGACAUCAACUCCCCUCGUCACCGGACGCACUCCCUCUGCAAUGGGGACAGCCCCGGACCCGUACAGAAGAAUUUACACAACCCAAUUGUACAGUCACUAGAGGAUCUUGAAGACCAAAAAAGGAAAAAGAAGAAAGAGAAGAUGGGAUUUGGCUCCAUUUCCCGAGUCUUUGCCAGAGGGAAGCAGCGGAAAUCCCUCGACCCAGGCCUCUUUGAUGACUCUGACAGCUUGUCCAGCCCAACCCGACUCAGCCUAUCAGAAGGAGAGGAGCAGAUGGACCGACUGCAGCAGGUGGAGCUGGUUCGAACUACUCCCAUGUCGCAUUGGAAAGCGGGGACCGUGCAGACCUGGCUGGAGGUGGUCAUGGCAAUGCCUAUGUAUGUCAAGGCUUGUGCAGAGAACGUGAAGAGUGGGAAGGUGCUGCUGAGUCUGAGUGAUGAAGACCUGGAGACCGGUCUUGGCGUGUGCAGCUCCUUGCAUCGCCGAAAGCUUCGCUUGGCAAUUGAGGAUUACAGGGAUGCAGAGACUGGCAAAUGCUUGUCAAAAGCCUCAGACCUGGACCACCACUGGGUGGCUAAGGCGUGGCUCAAUGACAUUGGCCUGCCCCAGUACUCCCAAGCCUUCCACAACCACCUCAUCGAUGGGAGAAUGCUCAACUCUCUGAUGAAGCGAGACCUAGAGAAACACCUGAAUGUGUCCAAAAAGUUUCACCAGGUCAGCAUCCUCUUAGGCAUCCAGCUUCUCUACCAAGUGAACUUCAGCAAGGAGGUUCUCCAGGAGCGAAGGGCUCGUUGCGAGACACAGAACACUGACCCUGUGGUCUGGACAAAUCAGCGAGUGCUCAAGUGGGUACGGGACAUUGACCUGAAGGAGUAUGCUGACAACCUGACCAACAGUGGUGUCCACGGAGCGGUGCUGGUCUUAGAGCCCACAUUCACGGCAGAAGCCAUGGCAACAGCCCUGGGCAUCCCCAGUGGGAGGCACAUCCUUCGGAGGCACCUGGCUGAGGAGAUGAGCACCAUUAUCAACCCUGCCAGUGUUACAGGCAUCCGAGAGGCUGAGAGGUUUGGGACCCCCCCAGGAAGGGCUUCCAGUGUCACCCGGCAGGGGAAGGAGGAGACCAACAGUAGUGUCAAGUACAAGACUGGCCGGUUACCACUAGGGAAGAUUGGAAGGGGAUUCAGCAGCAAAGACCUUGACUUCCAUGAUGACUACGGCUCUCUCAGAAAUGAAGAUUGCUUCGAUGAUGACCCUCAAGAUAGACCAGAUCAGUGUCGUUUAGAAAACUACAGUGGACUGGAGGUCACCAACGUGUAAAAAAUCACUUAAUUCCCACCAAUCUCAUGGGCCAAGGAGAAAAUCAAAGCGGGAAGGAAGGUGCUUAUGAAGAACCCACCCAACUGGGUAUACAUAGAAACUUUGAGCUAAGUGACAACAUGACAUUGUCAUCUUGUUAGCCAAGGAACACUCCCCAGACCAAACACAACUUAAUUUCUAAGCUGACCAACUUUAGGGGGAUCUUGUAAUGAGCUCCUCCUGGACACUGGAGGAUCCAUACCCAGAGAGCUCCAGAAAAGGACCUUAACUAUCCAAAAUCCUUUCCUGGACUGUUUAAAUAUCCCUUCACCUGAAAUUAGUAAACUAAGAAGACCCUUCACAAGUUACUAGGAGCGCUAAAGUUCUCAGAUUCUCAGACCUAAUUUCAGAGGGAAUUUAGAAGUUAAACCAUCUGUGAGCUAUUCCUGAACCCCAGACCAAGCCACCAUGAGUGGGAAAGACCCACAUUGCCCACACCCUCCCCGCUAGCUGGUGGCUUAAUUCCAUAUUUCAGACACUGAUUUGAACUAAAGGAAAAGUAACUUUGGAAAAGGAAAGUGAUGACCCAGCAAACAUCUGCCCUUCUGGCUGGGAUAGCCUGUGGAGAAAGCAAUGGGCAGACAAGGAUGUUGUCUUGUUGGUUUGAUGUCCAAGUGAGAGCUUCACCUUCUAAUUUUUCUCUCCCUUUGGUUUCCAGGGGAUCUGUAGGGAUUCCCCAGCCUUCCAGACUCCAGCCUAGAUUGUCCUGUAGACAGCAGGCAGAGUGGCUAAAGCCCAAGAUUUAAAGACAUUGGGAAUGCUUGCUCUGUUUCUUUGAUGCCUAUGGAAUCUUGGAAAAUUAACUUCUCCCUGGGCCUCAGUUUACUUGAUUAUAAACUGAGAGACUAGACUAGAUAAUUUCUAAAGCUUCUUCUUGCUCUACUUCUAUGAUCUUGUGAUCUUUCUUGGAGUAUUGACUCUCUCUGUAUGAGCUUGGGCUAAUCAUUUACCUUUCCUGAGUCUAGUUCCUCCUUUAUAAAAUGAAUGGGAUGACCUUCCACCUCUAAAUUUAUUAUCUUAUGAUGUGAGGCAGGUCCUGGACUUUCACCAAAAGAGUGGCCCCUGGAUUUAGGGAAAUGCUUAACAAAUUCAUGAGGGGUAGAAGUGGUUAUUCUGCCUAAAAUCUUGCACCAGGAGAGGGUACAAUUGUUUAAAAAAAACUGUGACCAUGCUUAGGGAUGAGGUGAGUGGUACUGUAUGCACAUUGCCUGGGAAAACUAAGGGUUUUUUCCUUUUUAACAAAGCAGAAUCAUCAAUAUCAGACUCAUCAAAGUAGCCAGUCUCUCCACCAGUGUAAACCUCAAUCCAUUGAUCUCAUCUCACACUGUGUAAUUCUUAUCCAUAUUUUUCCAAAAGUCCUCCAAAAGAGAUCCACUCAACACUCAGCCUUUAGUUCUUUUUAUACUUCAUGGAUGCAUCAUACUCAAGCUGUUCAUUUGCUGAGGCACAAAAAUGAGGAGAUAAAUGUUCACCAAGGGUUUUCACCAUGUCGUGGAAUACAUCCUGUGCAUUGUCCAAAUGCAGGAGGAGGAGGUUCUCCAGACACUUCUGAUAAUAAAUGUGGCACUGUGCUGGUUGCUUCAGGAUCAAAGAUACCACCAAGAUCUUUCAAUGAGAUCCACAGCCAUUAAGAAGAAAUCAACUUGGCUAUCCACAUGGGAAAAACUAAGUGGUUGAAAAAUGUGUGAUACUCAGAUUAAGAUAUUCCACAGAACGGGUGACCUGUUGAAUUAGUACAUCAGGACAUAUAUUAUAUAUAUAUUUGAAUGAAAGAUGUUAUUGAAAUAGUCCCCUAUUCACAAGAGUUUGCUUGAGACAAGAGCCAUGAGGAAAAUAAGCUUAAUUCUUCUCAAGAGUGCCGAUGUUGUCUUUAAUUUAGGGGGACGUGGGAUUGAGGGAGUAAGAAAAUCUUGUUCAGUAUUCAAAUAACGAAUUAGGGUUUUUUAAUGACUCCAUUACAUGGAACAUAACAUGUCUGCUCACGUGAGUCUUAACCAAGAUGUAAGGCCAACGGAAAGGAACCAAGAAGGUUCCUUCUGCAAUUGUCAUUGCAUUGUGACCUCCGCCUAGUGACCUCACCUGUCUGUGCCUCAGCAUUUUCAUCUGUAGAUCAGGGACAGGGCACCUUGUCCUCCACCUACCUCACAGGGAUGUUGUGAGGACUAAUAUGCACUAAUUUCUGUAACACACUUCAUGACUUCUCAGAAGGAGCUUUAUGGCAGUGGGCACCCCCUGCUUCUCCCUUCAAAGACAGGGGAGCAAGGCUUUUUGUUCUAGCUCUCACUCACUUCAGUCUCACUCAUAACUCAUAUGGAAAGUCAGGCCAAGGGCUUUUAAAAUUCAGUCUGUUUCCAAAAAGGGUCAAAAUGAUUAGAUGCAAAGAGAAACAAAGUGAUGGUCAAAUAAGCAAUUGUACCGAAUCUUUCAUUGGAUUGGCUGCAUUCAUCAGACAAUUUAACACAGUGCUAGGCCCACAAGAGGUGCUCAGUAAUUCUUUAAAAGAUUUCAUCUUCUUGCAUGCAGAUAUUGGGACAAAAACAAAAUUUCAAACAAAAAACCUAAAAAUGAAUGCCAACUAAUGACUGAGGCAGAGUUCAGAUUCAUCGAUCUGUUUACACAUCUAUUACUAAGACUAAUAAUUUGUUUUAACUAAGAAGGUCUAUAUUAAAGCCAUUGAUAUCUGUGUGAAUAAAUGAAAACACAUUUGAUUUUCCAUACAUAGCAAAUAUCCAAUUUCAGGAAGUGUUUGGUUUUUUGUUUUGUUUUUUCCUGAGGCAAUUGGGAUUAAAUGACU